AUUCGUCGAUUUCGAUGUUCAGUACUUCAGUUUCAAGUUUCAAGUUUCCGUUCCGUCGUUGAGUAUCAGGUGUUGGUGUUUACCGUAUUUUGUUCACCCCUUGAGCAUGUGCAGUUUCGGUGCUUUCGCCGGUGUAACUGUCAAGUGUUGAAGUGUUGUUAAUGCGUAAAACAACGAAGUAAACCUGUGGCGAAGGAACUUUCAUUACAGUUGUUAUUAUUAUAGGAUUCUGGCGUUUAAUUUCAGUGUGUGAUGGUGAUGGAACUGUGUGCAAUCUUUAUAGUGGAUGUUUAAUGCAAAAAAUUUGGAACUGUGAUUUUGGAAGAUGCACGUGUCUAUAAAGACAACCAGAAUUGGCAGACAUUUCGAAAAUUGGAUUCAACUCCUACGAUAGCCGAUUAGGAAAACACAAGUACAAUCAACGUUGUCAUCAUGGACUUCAGUUCCGAAGAAGAAGAAAUUAGGAAAGCAGAAGAAGAUUUAAAACGGAAAAAAGAACAAAGAAAAAGAAAACUUGAAGAAAGGAAAAAUAGAAUUUUACACACUUCGCAGUCUGCAGAAAAUGCAUGUUCCUCAACAAAGCAGACGGAUCCAGUAAUAUCAGAAGAUACAUCAGACAAACAAGAUAAUAUAUUUGGAAGCAAUCAAAAAAUUAAUGAAAGUAUUGAAGAAAAUACACACCCAAACGAGAAGGUUGGCGAAAAAAUAUGUGAAGCAACAAAUCACCCUUUACUAAAAAAGACUUUCGAAAAACGACAAGGAACCACAGAUAAGGGUAAGAUAUACGAAGAUUUGAUCACCGCUUACGUUGCACUACAAAUGAUAAACGACAGUAAAAUAAGAGACUUCCGCAUUUCUUCGAACGAUAAAAAUUUUGGUGAUUUUGAUGACGUGGUUAUUGAAAUUGAGACAGAUAGGGGAAUAAAAAUAAAAGCAUUGCAAUUAAAACACAAUAAUGAAAAAAGACAAUUAAGUAUAAAGCAGUUGGCAAGUAAAACGGGAAACUUCAGUAUAACAAAGUAUUUCAAAUCUGCUCAAGAGGUACAGGGCGAAGUCCAAGAAUUUAUAUUAUUCACCACAAACACUUUUACAACUUCAGAGGAAACAAAAUUUAAACUCGAAGGAGAAGAGUUUUAUCUGAAGGCGAUUAAGAAGACAGUUUCAGAAGACGAUUUCGACAUUUUAAAAAUUUCGGAAAACAUAAAUUAUUAUCAUAUAUUUCAAAUCGUAGAGGACGAAUGGACUAAACAAAAUCCUGAAAAAAUUCAACAGUACCAAACAUUCUUCGAAAGCUUUCGCCUUUACACAAAUCAAAAACGUUUUGAAGCUGUUACAAAAUCAACAAUGAAUAUAUUUAGUGAGAUGUUUUGCUCUAACGAAGAAAUUUUCAAGAAAUACCUCGACUUCAUAUCGGAAUGGAGUAUGAAAGAGGGAAAAAAAGAAAAACUAGGCAAAAGAAUGAUGCAACGUGCAAUCGCACUUCGUUUGCUUUCUUCUCAGAUCGAACCGUUUGUUUUUGGUUCAGUCACAGACGAAAUGAAAAUACUUCGAGAGGCUAUUUGUGUAUUCGACAUUACACUGUUCGAAAAAAAAGGCACCGAAGCAAUUAAAAAGUUGUGGGGCGACAUGGACAAAAACGUUGACUUUAAAGAACUAAACGAUGUUCGAUCACGUUAUUGCCUUUCUUUCAAUUAUAUAAGUAGUGUCGAAAAUUUGACUGCAAAUUUGUUGACGCAAUUGCUGUGGCUGAUGGAGAAAUGUCCGCUUAUUGUAAAAGAACACGACAAUAUGAAAAAAGCUAUUAAGCUUUGCCCAGAUGCAACAUUUAUUAUAAUUAGUGAGGGAAAAUGUAGAGAAUGGAUGAAAGAAUUCUCUGUGUUUCAAAAUUUAUCCAACUUACAACCAAAAGGCGAAUUGUAUGCCAAAAUAUUGCAAAAUUUCACCAUUUCUUUGCAAGGGAAAGAAGCACUUAAUUUGAUGACCGCGUUCGAAAAAGAUGAAGACAAUUUAAAGCAUGUUACUGUGGAAAAACUUUUAGAGAUGACAAAUGGUCCAUGCCAAAUAGAUGGACAAAAGCAAGUUUUUCCCAAUCUUUAUAUCGAUAGAUAUUUGUCAGUCAAUAUUAUAGACAUUAAAUAUUUAGAACAUGUUGAUGGAAAUACUGUUAUCAUUUUAAAUUGCGAAGGUAAUUCUCAGGAAUUGAAUAUACAUAAAAAGCAUACUCUAACAGAUAUUGACGGUUUUUUAAGUAAUACAGACUCCAAAAUUUUUGAUAAUCCAAUUUUUAUAAGGAGUGAAAAUACUUUUAGCGAUUCUGAUUUUCAGAAAAUAUGUUCUAAAACACCAGAAUCCAAAACUGUACACUAUUUUAAAUUCUCUAACGAACACAACUUAGAAUGGAUUCGAAGCAGAGGCAGUAUUAAUGAACUACGAAAUUUUAGGUUACUUUGUCGUUUCAAAAACGAAAACGAAAUUUGGUCUUCGGAAUUCAGCAACAACAUAAAUCUAAUAACAGGUGACCCAGGGAUGGGCAAAACCGAGUUAACGAAGAGUCUGAAAAACAACUGUUGUGCGAGAUAUUGGACCGUGAUUCUAAAUGCUCAAGAUGUUAUGUCUUUCUUUAAAAAUUCAGGAGAAUCUGAAAUAUCAGCAGACUUAAAUUUAUUGGAAACAUUUAUUUUAAACGAAAAAUAUCGACACCUCACUGGACUGGAACGAGAAUUUUUCAAGAUGUGUUUAAAGCAGCGCAGUGUGGUGUAUGUAUGGGACGCUCUUGAUGAAAUAUUUACGCAUUAUUUAAAUGCCACUUUAGAUCUCAUUCUUACAUUAUCAAAAAGAGGUUUCAUUCAGUGGGUUACUGCAAGGCAACAUUUGAGAUGUUCUCUUGAAGAAAAAUUUAGUACUUUGUCAAUGAGCAUCAAUCAGCUCAACGAAGUCGAGCAAAACGAUUACAUUAAGAAACGUCUUAAUAGUUUUAUCGCGUCUGUAGAUUUGAAACCAAUCAUCGACAAUAUUAAAUCCACGUUUGCAUUUACAAAGCAUAUAGAUAUAUUGGGAAUCCCUCUUCAAAUAUUUUUGCUUACAGAGGUAUUACUUCGAAAUAAGGCAAAAUAUUUUGAAUUAUUAGAUAAUAAAUUUCUCUUGACCGACAUGUAUCGUUAUUUUAUUGAGGGAAAAUUGAAGUUUUUCUACGACAGCAAAGUUCCUGUAAACAGCACUUAUUGGGAAGAAGAAGCUCGGAAGAAAAAGGUUGCAAAAUUAAAACAGUAUGAAAAAUUGGCGCUCAAAGUAAUAUUUCCUGAAAAUGUUUUGAAACAAUUAAAGAUAGAUUAUUCGCAAGAAAUAGAUUCUGUUUCUGAAGAUUUCGCAACUGUUGGUAUCGUGACUGGAAUACAAAACGCCAUUCCGCAAUUUGCACAUGCUUCCUAUGCCGAAUAUUUUGUUGCCUUAUAUUUUUCUAAAAAUUUUGGAAAGGUACGCAGGGACAUAUUUUUUGAUCAAAAGUAUAAUCAUGUACGUUUCUUCUUCGACAUGUUAACUGGCAAAAGUUCACCCGUCCACAUUGGGAUUUUAUACAGAAAUUUUGAUGAAUUGGAGAACUUUGACAAUGAAAUAAUAAAAAGUAAAGAUGAGUGCGGAAGAAGUGCCUUACAUCUCAUUUGUUCUUGGGGACAAAGACAUAGGCGUUUAAAAGUAGGAACCAAAUAUAAGGGUUAUGUUAUUGAGGCAAAUCACGAGAUUAUGAGUGGUUCAUUAGAAACGAAAGAAUAUUCUAAAGCGUUAUUGUUUUUGUUAGAUAAAUGUGAAAUAUUAGAACAAGAUUUUUUACAUAAAAUCACACCCUUAGCAUGGGCACGAGAAAGUGAAAGUUUGGGAGCGGAACUGGAAUUAUUACAAUCACGCAAAUUACAACUGGAAGAUUCGUACAGUCUAACUGACAAUAUUAAUAUUUUAUUUUUUGCCGCUUUGUAUGGAUACGCAGAAGCAUUUAAAAUGGUUGUUAACAAACAGUUACUUUCAUCUUCCAGUAGUUUUAAUCAAGUAAAUUUUAUUAAUAAAUUCGAUGGUAGUACGCCUCUUAUAAUAGCUUCUCGACAGGGACACGUAACAAUUGUAGAAUAUUUAGUCAAAUGUGGAGCCGAAGUCAAUCGCCCUAAUAAGUGUGGUUGGACACCGCUUCACGCAGCGUCCUUGGAAGGUCACGAAAAAAUCGUCGAUUGCCUAGUGAAAUGUGGGGCCGAAAUCAAUCGCCCUGAUGAGUAUGGUUGGACACCGCUUCACGCAGCGUCCUCGAAAGGUGACGAAAAAAUUGUCAAAGCCCUAGUGAAAUGCGGAACCGAAAUCAAUCGCGCUGAUCAGUAUGGUCGGACACCGCUUGACGCAGCAUUCUCAUUCGGUCACGAAAAAAUGGUCGAAUGCCUAGUGAAAUGCGGAGCCAAAAUCAAUUGCGCUCGUAAAUAUGGUCGGACACCGCUAUCCGCCGCUACCUUCAAUGGUCGCAAAAAAAUGAUCAAAUACCUAGGACAAAGCAGAACAAAAAUUUUCGUUGAUAGAAGGAAUAAUGAUGGUAGGACAUUGUUUAACGCCGCUUCCUCGAAUAGUAACGAAAACCCUAUCGAAUUGGUACAACAGCAACCCCAAAACUCCUCUCCACCGGCGGCGGCCGGGACAGACUUUCAAUAUUCUGUCACCAUACGCGGGGGUUUAUCAUAAAAAAUGAUAAAUUAAUAAAAAGCUUAAUUUGUUGGAC